GUCAGUAUAGCACCCGCCAUAUUGCUUCGCUUCUAAGCCCGUUGGCGGACCGAUGACUAGAAAGUACCAUAACUUCUCCCAUAGCUCAUCGGCUAUGAAGAAUGUAUACUGCCGGUACCAAAAGAGGAUCAACUGCCCAUCAACCGAAGUCGGUAACCUUUGCCGCUUAUGAUGCAGGGGUUGCGUGAGCUCGCCCGAGGCCCUAGCUGGCUCUUGCUAACUACGUGGCAUUACACAUGCCGAAGUGCAUUCCGUAUAUGCACAAUGUCCCUGCAAAUCUUCCAUGGUUGUUUUUUGAAGGACAUGCUGCAAGGGUUGAAAUCCUGCCCGGACGCACCGUGUGGCAUAAUGCAAGGGCGACCGACGUGCAUUGCGCAAAUACAUUCAGAGUCUAGUGGUACAACAUGGGAUAAGAUAGCGUCGUUGUGGUUUGACUGUUCGAGUUUGCGUACUACAGCCACGUUCGCUUUUAGGCCGAUAACUUUAUAAAACAGUAUCGAAAUUCCUUUGUUCCUAAUUAUGAAGAAGGCGAGCGCGAUCGUUUACUUCUCAGAACCACGAUGUUUCGCAGCUCCCACAAGAGUCGUUUUGGCGGAAUAAAGGAAACUAAUG